GUGGUUUGUUUUUAUUCACCCACUUCACUGUAAUAAAGCCUACAGAAAAGAACCUAUGUUAUACGGUCUCAAAAGAUAUGCCGGUAGUUCGUGUUUAGCAUUUAAGAGAAUAGUUUCGGCAACAAAGCGCUGUGAAUCGCAUAUAAAAAGGGCACCAACUACAAACGAAAUGGGUCGAUAUGUUGUCUUCGAUUGCGAUGUCGGCAACGACGAUGCGUGGGGUUUGAUGAUGCUUAUCAAAGCUGAGGAAGCUUUUAAAAAGCGUGCCGAUCUUGCGGAUUCUCCAGCAAGGUUUGAAAUUAUCGGCGUUACAUGCGUUCAGGGUAACACCAAUGUCGAUCAAUCGGUGAUUAAUACGCUCCGUGUGCUGAAUGCAGCCAAUAGAAAUGAUUUACCUGUUUAUAAAGGUUGCGCUACACCAAUUAUACAAAGGCAAUGGGCAAAUCCGGAAAACUUUCAUGGUGAGGAUGGUUUCGGCGAUGUGCAGCAUGAAACACAAGUCAAUUUGGAUUUAGUGCGUCCAGAGCAUGCGGUGAAUGCCAUGUAUGAUUUUGUUUGUAAGCAUCCGAAAAAGGUUGACUUCUUAUUGGUGGGUCCACUCACUAACUUUGCGAUGUGCAUCAAUAUGUAUGGUUCAGAGUUCUUGGACAAAGUUGGUCAAAUUUAUAUUAUGGGCGGCAAUUAUAGAGGUAAAGGCAACAUCACGAAAAGUGCCGAGUUCAAUUUCAUGAUGGAUCCAGAGGCUGCACAUAUUGUUUUAGCCAGUGUAGACACGCCAUUAACAAUACUUCCUUGGGAAACCUGUAUCGAUGGCGAAUUCGAUAUAACACUUGAUUGGCGUUUGAAUGUGCUCGGCUCCAUACAAACUCCUUUUAUCGAAUUGCUGAACCUGGUGGAACGCGCUGUUUUUAUACCGAAAGGUAUCACACGUUGGCUGGUUUGUGACGCGGUAGUCGUCGCAGCAUACCUUUUCCCACUUUUAACGGUAAAAGAGAGCCGACACUAUCAUGCUACCGUUGAACUGGCCGGCACUCAUACGCGUGGCCAAAUGGUGAUCGAUCACUUAAAACAGCAAAAGGAUAAUGCCAACAUCAUUAUGGAAGUCGAUGGUGAUCAAUAUAAAAAGAUUAUUGCCUGGACAGCGGGGUUGGAUGGAGUAGAUAUGGCGUCGGAAUUAGGUAGAACUAAUAUGAGCAGAUACGUAGUAUAUGAUUGUGAUGUCGGCACCGAUGAUGCAUGGGGUCUGAUGAUGCUCAUCAAAGCUGAGGAAGCUUUUAAAAGGCGUGCCGAUCUAGUGGAUUCUUUAGCGAAAUUUGAAAUUAUCGGCGUUACAUGCGUACAAGGCAAUACCACGGUCGAUUGUGUCGUUGUAAAUACGCUCCGAGUGCUGGAUGCAGUCAAUAGAAAUGAUAUACCAGUUUACAAAGGUUGCUGCAGUUUACUAAAACCACGACCUUGGGAGAACCACAAGUAUUUCGUGGGAAAAGAUGGUUUUGGCGAUCUAGAACAUGAGAAGCCGGUUGAUUUGAGUUUGGUGCGACCGACGCAUGCGGUGAAUGCGAUGUAUGAGUUCGUCUGCAAGUACCCUAAAAAGGUUGACUUUUUCUUGGUGGGACCACUUACCAAUUUUGCGAUGUGCAUUAGUAUGUAUGGCUCAAAGUUCUUGGAUCAAGUAGGCGAAAUUUAUAUUAUGGGCGGCAAUUAUAGAGGCAAAGGCAACACUACUAAAAGCGCCGAAUUCAAUUUUAUGAUGGACCCAGAAGCUGCACAAAUAGUUUUCGAACGCGUUGAAACGCCGGUCACUAUAUUGCCUUGGGAGACUUGUGACGAUCAGGCUUUUCGCAUUACACUUGAUUGGCGCUUGUAUACGCUUGGCGCAAUAGAAACCCCUUUCGUGCAGCUUUUAAAUCGCGUGGAGCGCGCUAAUUUAGUGCCUAGAGGUGUGAAACGUUGGUUGGUUUGCGAUGCACUGACCGUUGCUGCUUACCUAUUUCCCCACUUAGUGGUGAUGGAGCGGCAGCUCGAGCAUGCUUCCGUUGAAUUGGCUGGUAUUCAGACACGCGGUCAAAUGGUGAUCGAUCACUUGCACCGGGAGAAGCCGAAUGUCAAUAUAAUUUCAGAGAUCAAUAUCGAUAAUUAUCGGAAGAUAAUUGCUUGGACUGCAGGACUGCGUGGUGUACAUAUGGAAAGUGAAUUGGGAAAGUCGGUUGAUUAAGUUUGAAUAAAAAUAUUUUCUACACAUCAAUAAAGUAGUUUUGUGUGUAGUGGUACCAAAUGGUGUUCAAUUCAACUGGAGCUUUUAUAAAAUUUGAAGCAUUGCUCAUCGUAGAAUUUGUUUAGCAUACUUUUAGGCGCGUUCACUUUAAUGUGCACGAUCGGCGAUCUUCUUUGACGAAAUUUGACAAUUUUAAGUUGUUGAGGCUGCAAUAUAAAUUAAAAUUAUGUAAAAAUUAACAUGAAGUGUUUUUAAAUGAUAUCUAUAUUUUUAAAAUACUAUUAAGGGUUGAUGUGUAGUAUAGGAUUAGUAUGUAAAGAUAUUUUUUAAUCCAAUUGGUUUUCAAGAAGUUGUAUGACCAAUAAUCUAGAUUUAUUAUAAAGAUUUUAUUUUCAUUAUGGUUUUUCAUUAUGUUUUAAAGCGGCUGGCUCUAAUAAAUUCCAGCCGAGAUGCACAAUUUUCGUUCAUUUUUUACAGCAAUUUAUUUGUCGAAUUUAAAAAAUUGUUUUUAGUUUUUCAUGAACUUCCCAACAACUAAUAACCUAGCGCGUUAAACAAUGAUAACAAAAAGUCAAUAGCACAUAUCAGUAUACAAUUUUGCUAAGGCAGCGCAUUUAUUACAUAUGUUCAACCCCAAAUUCGUAGACCAGUCCCUACAAUUUCGAAUUAUGUGUCAAAUAAAAACUAACUGUAUUAUCAGGUUUGCAUAUAAAAACAAGUUCCGACAAUCAGUUGUCAGAGGUGUGAGUAGGUGUCACAAAAAACAAGUGUAUUUGCGCUUAUAACUGUAACUUGUCUCGAAAAUAUAAGAGCAAGUUAAGCAUAAACUGAGAUUGACUGCUGAUUUCAUUAAAAUUAUUUUGAUGCUAAUUUUGGAAUUUUUAUUUGGAGAAAAUAGAAGGUUUCGGAAAUCAAACACGCCUAAAAAGAAAAUGAAGCGACAUUAUCAUCUGAAAUCGGAAGUGGUGUACGAGUGCAGCACAUCAUUUACAGCAACAAUCAAUCAAACUAAAAUUGCGCGCCAACGAUCUCCAUACAGCAUUCGCACAAACAGACUCACUUGGCCACAUCGAGUGAAUAGCGCAAUCGAGUAUCAAGAAGCAAAAGGAGAACAACCUCAAACGCAAACUCAGAAGCGUUCAAC